AUGGAUAAUAAUAAUAGUUUUGAUUUGUUUAAUUUAUUUAAGGAUGUUGAUAAUUUAACUAUUAUUAAAUCAAAAGAAGGUGAAGAAAAGAUAACAACUCAAUUUAUACCACCAAAUCAUUUUAUUCCUUCACAUGAUGGUUUAAUUUUAAAAAAUGAUGCAACAGCAAUAGAAUUUCCAGAUGAAUUACCUCCAAAUUCAUUAGAUUGUUCAGUAUUUUUAAGAAAAUUUAUGGGUUGUCAUUCACCAAGUGGAUUUUUACAAGGAUUAUAUAUGUAUGGUGAAAAUAGGUGUAAACAAGAAGAUCAAAAUUUAUACAAUUGCUAUCAAAUUCAAUUUUCCUCUUCAAGAGAAUCUAGAAAUAAUAAAAUGGAUGAAAUUUUAAAGAAAAAAAUUGAAAAAGAGAAUGAAUUUUAUAAAGAUCAUGUUUGGAAAAGAAGAACACCAUUGCUAUUUAAAACACAUAAAGAAAGAGAACAAGAAAAUUAUUUAAAUGAUAAAAUUUUAAAAUCAAAUGUAGAUAAUCAAUUAUUUGGAUAUAGUAAAGAAUUAUUUGAAUUUUUAUCAGAUGAAAAAAAUUCAAAUAGAAUCUCUGAAAUUAAAAUUUACCAAGUUUAA